AAAAACACAUCCACGUGAGGUUGUAAACAAGAGAGUGGAUGAAGGGCGGCCAUUGUCCGAGCUCAAUGAUAUGAGGGCCCGCUAUUUUCCCCUGGCAGUGUUUGCCAGCGUCCUGUUCCUGUGUGAAAGCUACACCCUGAGGAGCUCGGUCUCCUGGGUCGUCUCCUCCAACGAUGUGGUGGAGGACGCGGACCUGUCCGAGGAGGUCGCCCCGGCGUUGCUGGUGGACAGUGCGGGGCUGUGGAAGCAGGCUUACCCGUCCUCCAACGUCCUCGGAGACAGCGUGGAGAGCCCCGGGGAGCUAGUCAAACCAGAGAGCGACGAUGUGGCGCAGCUUUCCUCUCGCCUGUUUUCAUAUCGGUUGGAGAAGGUGAAGAAGUCCGCCAGCAGCAGUCCUCCUCCUCCUCCUCCUCCUCACCAGGAGACCGCCAGGACUGCCAGAUACAUAGCGCAUUACAGUGACUGGGGACAUCUGGCCACCAUUUCAACUCAAGACAAGAUCAAAGGUCUCCCCUUUGGGAACAUCUUCUCAGUCAGCGAUGGACCGCUGGACAACAGCACGGGAGUGGUCUAUUUUUAUGUGACUCCGAUGGACAACACCGUAUCAGACCUGAAAAGUAGUCCCUAUGCUUCUCUUACAUUCUCAGAGGCUGAGGGAGAGUUCUGCAGGCAAAUGAUGUAUGAUCCAGAGGAUCCAAGAUGUGCUCGACUCACACUAACAGGCAAGAUGGUGGAGGUGGCCCCAGAGGAGCUUGCAUUUGCAAAGGAAGCAAUGUUCUCAAGACAUCCUGUGAUGGCAAAGUGGCCAGUGGGACACAAGUGGUUCUUCAUGAAGCUGGAGUUGAUCCAGGUCUGGCUGCAGGACUGGGUCGGAGGCACGUCACUCAUUCCACUGGAGGACUACUUUAAAGCUACGCCUUUCUGAGAAUAUCCCUUCCUCAGCAUCAUGUCAGCCUACACAGAUCAGUUCAGCUGUCUACACCACAGAUGACACUCUAAUAAGAAGAAGCAAGAAUUCCCAGAGCAGCAAUGUGCAAAGAAUAUUUUCAAAAUCUUUUUCAAACAUUGUUGCUAUUUUAACUUGUGAAAGUGAAUAUUCUUCACUUUUCCUCUUUUGCUUCUCCACUUGGCUUGCCACACAAAAUCAGUUCCUGUGUUUGGUUUGUGAAUGUAUUUAAAGUCAAUAAGCUAGUUAAAUUUAAUGGUCACAAUCAUUGCAGCUAUCAUAGAAAAUUCUAUGAUAUUUAGUAUAUUCUUUAUAAAUAUUUUUGAUUUUAACAUUUUAUGGGUUUGCAUUCAAAUAUGUGUGCUGAUUGAAAAAAUAAAUGAAUAUUAGCACACAAUUGUUGUGCAUAUUUUAAAGAAUAUGUUAAUUUGUUGUGUUCAGUUGGCAUUUAAGCCCUGGGAAUAAACUAAAGUAACUAUGAGUUGACAUCCAGCCAACCAGACUCCAACGCUGAGUUAGGUAAAACUUUAUUUUGAAAUGUGAAGCUGUUUCUUUGUGUUUAAAGGCUUAUCUAAUGGUAGGGUCAUGCUCUUAUUAUCUCUUAAGGAGUGGUACUGGUUUUAAACCACAGACUGUAUAAUUAAAAACGUUUGAUUGGA